GAGAGCAGACAGAUUCUUCGUCGCAACAUCAUUUUGCAAUUACGUGGGACUUGAUUGAAUUCCUGAGAGACGGAGUCGACUUUUCCCAUCAUAGCCUCCUUAGCGAAGAAUCUGUGGGCCCGGCCCAUUUACUGUAUCCUCAACCUAUCUUCUCAAAGUGGCCUCGGCUCAUGUAAAGAAAGAAAUCCUCUGGUCUGCACGGACAAAAGUUUCAAUUUUUGGCGCUUUCUCUAGAAAUUGGCGGCGAACGAAGAAAAGGGCACAAAGAGCAGCAGUCUUGUUUUGAGUUCUUGGGGUGGUUUCCUUUUUCUCCCAUGGAGUCCGAGUUUGGUUCUCGGCUUGACUUCGAGUUGGAAGACCUGCUCGUUUCCGCUCCUCCUCCUGCUCCUGCCAAGAAAAGUAAGAAGGUCAUUGGCUUGGAUGAUCUGCUGAGCGACUUCUAUAAAGAGAAAGGGAAGCGUGUCGAGGGAGCGACGAAACGGAAAAGGGUGCUAAAGCAUGACUCCGACGAGGAAGAUAACGCCAGAGAAGCAACUUUGUCCCAUACCCUUGAUCAGUAUGAAAAACAGAUGAAGGAAAUGGGUGGUGAAGAUGAAUUAUCUCACUGGGGACUGCAAGUUUUUGGAGUUCAGAAAAGUCCACCAGCUGUAGUUUUACCUGAGCUUGGCAGCUGUGCUAAUUUCCAGGUUCUUGGUCAUAGCAAAUUUAAGUCAUUGGUGGAAGUCAGUAAACAAGAAGAAUCCGAGUUUUUGGAAGGACUUCUGGUCAAUGGUUGGUUAUCCAAGUUGAUAACAUUAAGUGGUCAUCUUGAAAUGGCUCUCGCCAAAUGGACUUUCCAAUUAUUGAUGUUUGCAUCAGAAGAGAGAUUGAGAACUUCGGCGUGCGAUCUCUGGUGCGACAUACUCUCAGGAAAAAAUGAGGAAACUUCUGCACCCAUCAAAAUAGACUGGCUCCCUACAUAUUCUGAACUGGAAAGAGCCCUUAGCAUAUAUGGAUUUGUGUUCUUCUCCUCUGACGCUGGAUCUGUUGACAGGGAUUCCAAGCAUGCUGGUCCAUCUUUGAAUAUUCGAGCUUGGAUCAAAUUUGUGGCUGCUUCUUGUCAAGUAAGGAGUAAAUGGCCUAUGUUUUCAACUUCAGAAGCUGAAGAAUUAACUGAAGUGUUGAUUUGUCUGUUUCUAGACCGCCGACUUGAAGGCCUUUCAAUGCUUCUAUAUGAAUGUUUGUUAUCAGUAAUCAGUUACUUUACCCAUGAGGAAUGGAGCACCAGCUGCAAGAAAGUAGCGAAAUCUCUUGCUAGCAGGUUAUCUAUGGACCUGAACUGCUUGCGUGCUGUUGAGUGCAUCUCGGGCAUUGAUGCUCGUAGCAAGUGCCUCAGAAGUGAAGUUGCCUAUCGGAUGCUUGCGAAUUUCCUCGAUCAUAAGGUUGCAGAUGAAGAAAUCCUGAAUUCGCUCAUAUCCAUUAAUGUGAAAGAAAAAGGUUGUGAUCUUUUCAGAAUGUACAUUUAUUUGGUUUUAGCAGAGAAUUGGCUCUUGUUCAACUCAACUCUAGAAGAUAAAGCAGUAAUCAGGGAAAUGUGGGGUCUUUAUCUGCGGAACUGUUCCUGUCUAAUUACCAGCACAGAUUUGAGAUCGUACGCGGCAAAGGUUCGAAACAGAGCCUUGUAUCUUCUUCAAGGUUCUGUCACCAGGUGAUAUCUACGGAAGUUUUCCUAUUUAUAUCAUCGAUCAAUUGUGACGCCUGGACAAUGUAAAUUAGCUCGGAAGUCUAUAACCUGACGAGCUCCAAACAUGUGAUUGUGCAUUUUACGAAGAAAGAGCAAAAUUUCAUUCUAAUAUUCUUGCUUGUUGGUGCUUACUGGAUAGGCUUAGCACCAUAAACUCCGUAAUUGUCUCCUGGAA